AUGCCCUCCUUUGCCCGCGACGAAGAGAACCGCCCAGUCCUGACCCAAUCGCUCGCCUCGGCGACGCCGACGACCGCGUCCAACGCGGCACGAGACGGCCCGGCCACGGUCUUUGGCAAGGCCGUCGACUCGCGCAUCACCAACCACGCGCUUGCGUCUGUUGACGGCAACGCUCCAGCUGUCAAUGGCCGGCGCCCUGUCCGCUACUCGCCUCCGCCACCGACCUCGCCGCCUCCCUCUCCGCCGUCUCGGCUGGCUUCCCGGCCGCAGCUAACCGAUGCCCGCCCUUUGUUCUCCCGUCGUAAACGCUCUUCCACGUUCUCUGACACCGACGACUACGACGACGACGACGAUACCGACUCAGCCGCCUCGUCGGCCGACAUGAACGGCCAUGGCGGUAGUACGCGUCGCGGCGGCGGGAGCAGCAGCGUCGGUGCCGCCAGCUCCCAGACGACCACAGCACCGCCUGACGAAGACCUGCGUCUCGAUGGCUACUAUGAGAAGGACGACAAACUGAGCGGUGGCAACGACGAUGGCGAAAUGGACAAUGUCGACGGCCGCACGGCCUCUCUCACAAGCUCGAACGCACCCGCAAUACCCGAACGAGCGCCGCCGCCUCCUCCCCAACAGACAACACCACCACUCUCCUCGCAGCAAACCGCCCCCUCUUCACCGUCUCCCCUGCCCUCUGCUAUCCCGACACAGAAUAUGAACCGGCCUGAAGCCCCCUCACAAGCACCGCCACCCCCCCCAAAGCCAGAGACGCUCCCGCGGAAAACAAAGCCGCUUUCUAACGGGGGCCCUAUCUCCGUCCCCAACCCGAUGGCCGACCGCACACGCAUCGGCAAUCCCCACCUCCAGAGCCAGUCGCUGCCUGCUCAGCACCAGAGCCAGAACCAACCGCAGAGUGCUUGGAUAAACGGAACAAGCACCGAGGAGAGCGAAUUGACAGACACCAGCCCAGACGACACGUUGCCCCGGCACUCUGUUGCGUCGACUGGUGCUAGCUCCGUCCAGCCGUCCAUUGCCGACGUCUACAGUGGCCGCCAGGCAGGCAGCCGGAGCAGUGACGUGCAUGCCUCGUCCUCGUCUAAUGGUGGUCUGUCGACGGCCGCUGCGGCAGGACCUGCAUCUGCUUCAGCAUCAGUACCGCCCACGACAGCCACGACCGCAGCAACGCCCGAAUCGACCUCGGCCAGCCAGAUUUCUGCCCAGAGCCCAAACCCACAGCUUCUGCAGGCAGGACAGCCGUCUAUCCUGCCGCACAGGUUCUCUUCGCCACCUGCCUAUAACCCAGCGGCUGGCUCGUCGAGCUCUGUUGCUGGCACGCACCUCUCUCCGACCGCUGGCCUGAAGCACCGGCACACGCUCGAAGUUCCCAAAGCCACGCCAGCCAGGAACUCGCGCGAGGGCAUCGACUCGUCUGGUGUCUAUGCCUCAGGCCGCUUUUCGCCCACAGCGGCGGGCGGCGUAGGCAACGGCAGCAUCAGCAGCAUUGGCGGCCGGAGGGCGUCGUUGAGCCUCGUCCGUAGGAACACCCGGUCUCUGCACUCGGACCUGCCGCGCGACGAGGUGGUGCCCGACGAGGACGCCCUUAGGUGGGCCGAGGCCUACCGCCAGAAACGCGCCAGCAAGAAGCGGCGCAUGGAGCAGGACGACGACCAGGUCCUGGUCGGCACCAAGGUGGACGAGACGCACCAGAACUGGGUGGCCGCCUACAACAUGCUGACGGGCAUCCGCGUGUCCGUUUCACGCACCAACGCCAAGCUCGACCGGCCUCUGACGGACGAAGACUUCCAAGCGAAGCAAAAGUCCACCUUUGAUAUCGCCGGCAAUGAGCUGGUCCCCUCGGCCAAGUACGACUUCAAGUUCAAGGACUACGCACCGUGGGUGUUCCGCCACCUCCGCCAGCUCUUCCACCUCGACCCUGCCGAUUACCUCAUGUCUCUUGCGGGCAAGUACAUUCUGUCGGAACUCGGCUCGCCCGGCAAGAGCGGCAGCUUUUUUUAUUUUUCGCGGGACUACCGCUACAUUAUCAAGACCAUCCACCACUCGGAGCACAAGUUCUUGCGCAAGAUCCUCAAGGACUACUACAAGCACGUUACCGAGAACCCCAACACGCUCCUGUCGCAGUUUUUCGGGUUGCACCGCGUCAAAAUGCCAUAUGGACGCAAGAUCCACUUUGUCGUCAUGAACAACCUGUUCCCGCCGCAUCGCGACAUCCACCAGACGUUUGACCUCAAGGGCUCGACAAUCGGCCGCGACUACCCCGAAGAGCUGCUGUCGGACAACCCGCGCGCCACGCUCAAAGACCUGAAUUGGCUGCGGCGGCACCAGCACCUCGAGCUGGGCAUCAUCAAGAAGCGCUUGUUUUUGGAGCAGCUCCAUAAGGAUGUCAAGCUGCUCCAGCGUCUCCAGAUCAUGGACUACUCGCUGCUUGUCGGCACACACGAUCUCCGGCGCGGCAACGACGAAAACCUUCGCGGCAAGAUCCUGCAAGUGUUCGAACCGCGCGGCGAAAAGCAAAACGCCGACGGACUCGGUACGCAGUCCGUGCUGAUGCGCACCCCUAGCAAGCUCGAGCACCAGCGCAAGACGCGCGAGCUUCGCCAGAUGCUCAAAUCCGAGCGGCCGAUUCCGAUUGGCGAGAGCAGCAACAAAAUGCCAGACGAGCUCGACGACAACAAGCAGUCCAUCUUUUACAAGGACGACGGCGGCUUCCAGGCCACACACCUGGACAAUACAGCUGCGGAAGAGGUCUACUACCUCGGAGUCAUUGACUGUCUUACUCACUACGGCAUUAUCAAGAAGAUCGAGCACUUCUGGAAAGGCCUAUCCAAUGAUGCAACGCAGAUAUCGGCUUUACCACCCCAAGAAUACGGUGACCGGUUCCUCAAGUUCAUGUCGGGCAUCACCAUGUCGCCAGAAGAUGCGGCCCGCGAGGCGCAAGACCGUGGCAAAGCGGCGGGAGCCGACGCAGCAGCGGCCUCGGCUUCUGCUGCACCAAAUGCAGACACAAGCGGUCAUGCGGGCGACGGUCCCGGAUUCGGAUUUGACGGCGUGGCCACGGCGAGCGGCCGCGAUAAGGGUACAGACGCGGCCGGCCACCACCGGCACGGCGGUUGGUCAGGCAACCUACGGCACCGCGGAGGCGCCUCGGGCAGUGGUAGCAACCAUGGUAACAGCAACGGUAACAACAGUGGCGUCGAUAGCAGCAACGUGACGACGGCCCACCGCGCAGCUGAGUUUGAGGCUCAAAAGGCCUCAGCAGCCAACGAGACCGAAACAACACAAACUACGGUCCCCGUUGGCAACGGCACGCUUUUGCCUGGUCUCGUGGCCGGCCCCCCCAGCUCCAGUCAGUCGGCACCGGCGCUGCCGUCUCUCCCGUCUCUCCCCUUGUUGCCACCCAUGUCCGCCUCGGUCCCGUCCAUGCCGAACUCUCCGCCACCACCACCCCCGCACAGCGACCGCCGCGAGUCCAUGCAGCAGCCUGUCCUGCCCAUCGUCGACGAAGCCAACGAGAACUCGUCGACGGGCGGCCGCAGCCACAGCAGCCGGUUUAGCAGCCACACGGCCGCGAGCGACGAUCGGCCGGCCACGCCUGCCAAAGACCUGCCGGUGAGGCUCAGUGGCGGGAGUGCAAGUGCGGCUGGCAGCCAUGGAGAUCCUAGCCCACCCACACCGCCGGCAACCGGCUACCUGAAACCCGAGAGCGCGGAUAGUGGCUACGGCGUGUCGGGCACACGGUCACGGUCGGGGACAGUUGGCACGGUGGGUUCGGGCCACAAACUGAAGAUGCAGCUGAGCCGGGACAGUCUCGACAAGGAGCUGCCGCCGCUGCCGAAACUGGACGGUGCAGCAUGA